AUGAGUGUAUCGACAUUCUCCGACGCCUCUCUCACGCGCGAAGCUCAGAGUUCUGACUUUGACCUGACCAUUCGCCAGCAGCCCAAUCGGGCCCGCGUGGCGGGGGGCAAGGAAAAAGAGCGCAAGCCGAUCGAUCCGCCUCCGAUCGUCCAGCUCAAGGUGCGAGAGGAAGGGACCUACCUCGCACAACACUACCUGCAAAGCCCGUACUAUUUCCUAUGCUGCAGUCUCUACGACCCAACUGAGGAUCGUCCUGUGCCCGUCGCGCCGUCGACCGCAUUAGCGGGAACACUGGUCUCGUCCCUUCACCGGCUGAAGGAUACGGACAACAGCGAUGGAGGCUUUUUCGUCUUUGGAGAUCUCUCAGUGAAGCUCGAGGGCGAGUUUCGGCUCAAGUUCACGCUGUUUGAGAUGCGCAAAGACAAUGUGUCCUACUUGAAGACCAUAAUUUCAGAACGAUUUACAGUUUCCCCUCCUAAGAGCUUCCCCGGAAUGAUGGAGUCAACUUUCCUUUCACGGUCAUUUGCAGACCAGGGUGUCAAAUUGCGCAUUCGCAAGGAACCUCGGACCAUGAUGAAGCGCUCGGCCCCACGACCGGAGGAUUUCCCUCCAGCAGUUCCUGCUCGGUCACCGGAGCGUCAAAUCGUCCAGAUUCCCCCCGCGACUGGCUACGGAGGCUAUCCGCCGACCACACGAGAUUACUCGUACUAUGGCCCGCCGCCCGUUAAGCGCCACCGUACUUCAGUUGACUUCGGUAGGCAGCAAAGUCUAUACGAUACGGAUAGUCGACUGUCAUAUAACCAGCCCACAACUGCAAUGUAUGCUGGGCAGCCAGGAGCGUAUCAACCGCCCAUGCACCCCUACACGACAGGGCAGGUGAUACCUGACUACUCGAUGUACUCGGGAAUCCCUCAACCUGGUAUUCCACAAAGCGCCGGUUUGUCCCAGAUGCCUGAUCCCUCCGGUCAAAGCCGAUCUAGCCAGCAAGCCGCCGUGGGACAAUUGAUGGCUAUGAACAACCAACCUGGCACACCUACCCCAGAUUCGACUGGAGCGAUGAUGGCUCAAGGAUACAAUAGGUCCGGACAGCCCGCACAGCCCGCUAGCUCUACGACCCUCCCCCCGUUGCAACGGAAUCGUGACUACCAAAACGGACGGGGUUAUUUCGACCAAACCCAGACAAACACUCCAAUCCUUCCCUCUCAAAUGGUCAAAGAAGAAGAUCGCUUUGGCUCUGUGGCUGGCCCAACAGCCUAUGAUCAUCCUGGUUUCGCCAAUGGAACUCCCCAAUAA